GAUUUAGCUAACAACUCGACAAGGUCACAUCUCGCCAAUGUUUAUUAUUAGCAACGGAAUUUCCUUUUAAGUUUUUCCGUAGAGUUUUCGGGACUACAAAAUGAGGGGCAUGAUUAUUGUGCCCAUGGACUUGGAGCCUGGCUUCCGCAAGGCGGACAUACACAAUAUACCCGCUCUAAACAUCGGAAUGGUGUUUAACUUUUGCCUAUCCUCCGAGAAAACAAUUCCAACUGACAAAAGCGAUCUCCUGACGGAUUAUGUGCAGAUGCGAAGACAUGGCGAUGUCUGCGAGCUCAAGGGUUUGGUAUUCUCCGCCUCGGACUUUGCCAACACGGAAACCCACGCCAAUGUGGCGCUCAAGGUCGUGGAAAGUGCCCGGAUCAUCACAGAUGGCCAGUGCAGCCUGUGCGCCACGGCUGGAACCUGCGUCCACAUCGUUGCCUUUACCUUCUGGCUGCUAAACAAGAGCACCGAUCGAAAUCCCUCGGCUGUGGUCGAGUUUUGGGGCCACGAACUAGAAACUCUCGUGCAACCGGAGCCCACGACUGCCACGCGCAUUUGUGAUAUGCUACCCAAAGACGAGGUGCGACUGGAGAGCGAACUGAGCUCCCAGGAUCUGACGCCCAAUGAGGGACAGGCUUUUCUGGAGACCGUCCUCGAAGAGCUGGCCACUUGCGGCAGAGAUUCAGCCCUCUAUCGCCAAUGUGUGGACACCAGCGAUGAGUUCGAGCCCCUGUUCGUUCACCAUGUGCUGCUCCGAGCCGCUGAGUACAACAUAGUCGAUGUGCCCAGCUUUGUGCAGCACAUGGAGGCUCAGGCUCAGACAGGAAUCAUCGAGAGUCUCUAUGAUGUGACGAGGAACCAGUACAAAUCCAGACUGUGGGUGGAGGUGCAGUACAUGCGCAUUCGCUGCUCCAUGAUGCAUCUGAUCAUUAACCGCAAAAGAAGCGAGGAUGACGAUAACAUCUUCAACAUGAUGUUCUGCAAGGGACGGGACAAGAACAAUGAGGAUCGAGUGCAGCAAAAACAGCACAAGCGAUUCAUUCUGAAGCAGACGGAGAAGUUGGAGAAUAAGCAGUACGUCGAGUGCGGACUGAUCAUCCACGAGAGCUUCCCCUUUUUGUGUGCCGCCCCCGAUGGCAUUACGGACGAUCACAUCGUCGAAAUUAAAUCGCCAAAGACUGAGGAGGAUUUUGAGAAGUACCUAGAGGCCCGCGAGUCUAUAGCACCCAAAUACAUGGCCCAGAUACAGAUCCAAAUGUUCGUGGCUAAUGUCAAGAAGGCACUCUACUGUGUGCUCAGUCCAACGUUCGAGGUCAACGGAGCACUGCAUUACGUCUGGGUGCAGGCAGAUCCGGAAUUCGUGGCCAGUUUGCUGGCCAUGGCCGAGGAGUUCUGGCGAGACGUGGCGUUCCCCCGCCUAAUGAAUAUUUACCCGCAAUUCGGUCAAUAAACGUAAAAUAGAGCUUA